UUCUACAAUUGCCCAGGCGACCCAUUUAUUGCGUUUAACGAGCGUGCCCACGGCAACAUCUAUCUCAAAUCCACCAUUACGUUACAUGGCAAAGAGGCCCCUGACAUGGCCCCCGUGGAAACCCCCGUGGAAACAACCAUCCCAACAGGACCAUGGGAAGACAGACAUAGACAGAGCGCAAAGUCCAUUGCAAAUAUGAGAGGAGAGACUAAGAAGAAGGCAUUACUAUCGCGAAUUGGGGGCGCCGUAGUUGGCGGCGCAUUUCUUAUUUUCCCGAUGUGGCUGAUGGUGCUCAAACAAGAGAUAUAUCUAAGCCUUGGCGUGACAACGGGCUAUGUAGCUGCGUUUGGUUUACUCAUGGCGUUAUCCAUGGGGUCGCUGGAUGCUGUUUUCGCGGCUACAUUUGCUUACGCAGCUGUUCUUAUGGUUUUUGUUGGUGUUAUGAUGCAGAAUACCAGCUCAAGUACUCCAUAG